UACCCAGGCUGGAGUGCAAUGGCACAAUCUCGGCUCACUGCAACCUCCGCCUCCUGGGUUCAGGCAAUUCUCCUGCCUCAGCCUCCCAAGUAGCCGGGAUUACAGGCACGCGCCACCACGCCCAGCUAACUUUUUGUAUUUUUAGUAGAGACGGGGUUUCACCAUGUUGACCAGGAUGGUCUCGAUCUCUUGACCUCGUGAUCCACCCACCUCGGCCUCCCAAAGUGCUGUGAUUACAGGCGUGAGCCACCGCGCCCGGCAGACAUGACUUGCUGUGCGGCCCAGAUGACCUUUAUAGCGGUUGCACGGCUCAUCUUGCAUCCUUCGCUAUGGGGCCUGGAUGGCUGCAAUCCAGGCCUGCUUAGACAUGUCACACACACUGAUCUGUGUUGCUCAUAUGGAAAACAGAAACUUACAGUUAUCAGCUAUAGAGAAUAAGAAUACAAGAAUCUAUACACUUAUAAAACUUGCAGAGCAGUUCCACGGGAAGGGGUAAGGUCUCAGGGAAGUUUGCUUCUACCUAAGAAGGAAAGUUUGCUUUUCUGCUCCUAUCUCCGGCAUCAGGCUGAUGAGGGUGGCAAGCAGGCAGAGAGGGGGUGGAGCCAUACACAAGACCAUGCAGAGCAAACAAACAUGUAGAGGAGAAGGGCUGGGGGCAAAGUCCUAAGGAGAGGAGCAGCCACUGUCAGCAGUGCCAGGGCCACCACCCCUGGGGAGGAGCCAUUGUGCUACUCUGAGAAGCCAGGGGCAAGCCUGAACAUUCAACAGCUGCUGCUCCUAGAGAGGAGCUGGUACCAUGGGUGUCAGGCGACGACUGGCCUUGCUGCUGCUGCUGCUGCUCCUGCUCUGGGGCCUGGGGCAGCCAGUGUGGCCAGUGGCUAUGGCCCUGGCCCUGCGCUGGCUCCUGGGGGAUCCCAUGUGCUGUGCGCUACUUGGCCUGGCCAUGCUAGCACGGCCCUGGCUCAGCCCCUGGGUGUCCCAUGGGCUGAGCCUGGCAGCUGCGGCCCUGGCGCUAACCCUGCUGCCGGCACGGCUGCCCUCGGGACUGCGCUGGCUGCCGGCUGAUGUGGUCUUCUUGGCCAAGAUCCUCCGCCUGGGCCUGAAUGUCAGGGCAUGCUUAGGCCGACAGCCGCCUUACACCUUUGUAGAUGCCUUUGAGCGACGAGCACAAGCGCAGCCUGGCAAGGCAAUCUUGGUGUGGACUGGGCCUGGGGCCGGCACAGUCACUCUUGGCGAGCUGGAAGCCCGGGCCUGCCGGGCGGCAUGGGCCCUGAAGGCUGAGCUGGGUGGCCCUGUGAGCCUGCGUGCCAGGGAGCCUGCUGCCCUCCUGGUGCUGGGUUCCCAGGCCGUUCCAGCCCUGUGUGUGUGGCUUGGGCUUGCUAAGCUGGGCUGCCCAACGGCCUGGAUAAACCCACAUGGCCGGGGGACACCCCUGGUGCAUUCUGUGUUGAGCUCUGGGGCCAGGGUGCUGGUGGUUGACCCAGACCUCUGGGAGAGUCUGGAGGAGAUCCUUCCCAAGCUGCAGGCUGAGAACAUCCGCUGCUUCUACCUCAGCCAUACCUCCCCUACACCAGGGGUGGGGACUCUGGGAGCUGCCCUGGAUGCGGCGCCCUCCCACCCAGUGCCUGCUGACCUGCGUGCUGGGAUCACACGGCGAAGCCCUGCCCUCUUCAUCUACACCUCAGGGACCACUGGCCUCCCGAAGCCAGCCAUCCUCACGCAUGAGCGGGUACUGCAGAUGAGCAAGAUGCUGUCCUUGUGUGGGGCCACAGCUGAUGAUGUGGUUUACACGGUCCUGCCUCUGUACCACGUGAUAGGACUUGUCCUUGGGUUCCUCGGCUGCUUGGAUCUUGGAGCCACCUGUGUUCUGGCCCCCAAGUUCUCUGCUUCCUGCUUCUGGGAUGAUUGCCGGCAGCAUGGCGUGACAGUGAUCCAGUAUGUGGGAGAGCUCCUGCGGUAUUUGUGUAACACUCCCCAGCGACAAGAAGACCGGACACACACAGUCCGCCUGGCGAUGGGCAAUGGACUCCGGGCUGAUGUGUGGAAGAACUUCCAGCAGCGCUUUGGUCCUAUUCGGAUCUGGGAAAUGUACGGCUCCACAGAAGGCAACAUGGGCUUAGUCAACUAUGUGGGGCGCUGCGGGGCCCUGGGCAAGAUGAGCUGCCUCCUUCGAAUGCUGUCCCCCUUUGAGCUGGUGCAGUUCGACAUGGUGGCGGAGGAGCCUGUGAGGGACAGUCAUGGCUUCUGCAUCCCUGUAGGGCUAGGGGAGUCGGGGCUUCUGCUGACCAAGGUUGCAAGCCACCAUCCCUUCGUGGGCUACCGCGGCCCCCGAGAGCUGUCGGAACGGAAGCUGGUGCGCAACGUGCGGCAGUCGGGCGACGUUUACUACAACACCGGGGACGUGCUGGCCAUGGACCACGAAGGCUUCCUCUACUUCCGCGACCGCCUCGGGGACACCUUCCGGUCCGAAGCGGGGUUUCUCGGGGCGGGACCACGGAAGCUUUCACGUCCUAGAGGGAGCAAGGCUGAAGAGGCGGGACUUUCCUAUCGCAAGAGGGAGGAGCUUGGGGUCACGACUUCCCACGCGAAAGCGAGGCUUCUCGAUUUUGGAGGCGGCGGCCCUGACCAGGCCUCCAGAUCCCCCAAGGGGGCGGGGCGGGGCGGGGGGAGAGGCGGGGCCUCUCCUUGCUGGGGGCGUGACCACAGGCGCUGGCUCCAACCCCGCAGAUGGAAGGGCGAGAACGUGUCCACGCGCGAGGUGGAGGGCGUGUUGUCGCAGGUGGACUUCCUGCAACAGGUUAACGUGUAUGGCGUGUGUGUGCCAGGGUGUGAGGGUAAGGUGGGCAUGGCUGCCGUGCAGCUAGCCCCCGGCCAUACUUUCGACGGGCAGAAGUUGUACCGGCACGUUCGCGCUUGGCUCCCUGCCUACGCUACCCCCCAUUUCAUCCGCAUCCAGGACGCUGUGGAGGUCACGAGCACGUUCAAACUGGUGAAGACCCGAUUAGUGCGUGAGGGCUUUAACGUAGGGGUCGUGAUUGACCCUCUGUUUAUACUGGACAACCGGGCCCAGACCUUCCGGCCCCUGACGGCAGAAAUGUACCAGGCUGUGUGUGAGGGAACCUGGAGGAUCUGACCACCUGGCCAACCCACAAGGGCAAAGAUCAAAGCCGGCCACCACCACCCCAACACACUCGGUGUCACUUUCAUCCUGGGCCUGCGGCAAUCCCAGCCUGGCCAUAUCCUCAACCUCAGUGGACUGGAAAUGGCAGUGGCAGAAUAAACUCAAAUGUGUUCACAGAA